CAUAACCAAAUCUCUCUCAGCUCAGUCCACAACUCCAAGAAAAUAAAUAAAAAAUGGCAGCCAACACCUUAAUGAGCUGUGGCAUCGCCACCGCUUUCCCGUCGGUCCUCUCCUCCUCCAAGUCAAAAUUCACCACAUCCGGCCAGCUUUCCUGUGUCAAUGCCUCGUCACGGUUCUCCAUGACCGCCGACUGGAUGCCGGGUCAGCCCCGCCCUCCUUACCUUGAUGGCUCCGCGCCCGGUGACUUUGGUUUCGACCCUCUUCGCCUUGGUGAAGUGCCUGAGAACUUGGAGAGGUUUAAGGAAUCUGAGCUGAUUCACUGCAGAUGGGCUAUGCUUGCUGUUCCAGGGAUUUUGGUACCAGAGGCGUUGGGUUUGGGGAACUGGGUAAAGGCUCAAGAAUGGGCAGCACUUCCAGGAGGACAAGCUACAUACUUGGGAAACCCUGUUCCAUGGGGGACUUUGCCUACCAUUUUGGUCAUUGAGUUCCUCUCCAUUGCCUUUGUAGAGCACCAACGUAGCAUGGAAAAGGACCCUGAGAAGAAGAAGUACCCUGGUGGAGCAUUUGACCCCUUAGGAUACUCCAAAGACCCAGAAAAAUUCAAGGAAUACAAAGUCAAGGAGAUCAAGAACGGUCGGCUUGCACUGUUGGCUUUCGUGGGGUUCUGUGUUCAGCAAUCAGCUUACCCUGGAACCGGUCCAUUGGAGAAUUUGGCCACUCACUUGGCUGACCCAUGGCACAACAACAUUGGAGAUAUCAUUGUCCCAAGAUCGCUUUGAAAAGCUUUAAAUUAGUUUACACUCGCAUGCAAAAUUCCAUGUAUCCAUUUGUAAUAUUGAAUCCGAAGUCUUCACGCUUGAUUUGUUUGAUAAUUAAUAUACGUGACUACCGGAUAUCCAUUCCGAAGUAACUAGCAGUAAGGAUACGUAUGUGACCUCGUGCAUGUUAUGUAUCUUGAGUACAUAGUUAAUACCAUUUUGGAUCAUGGAUCAUGUAUUUUGCUUCA